AUGCCUCUGCGUACCCGGACAACCUACCUGGUAUCGCACCUUAGGACAUUGCGAACUAUCCGGUUCAGAUUUUGUCUACUUUGCUGUAGCAUUUUUUUCCUAUCGCUGGUAUGGAUCGAACUUGUUACCCGACAAAACUCAGUAAACGAAAUUCUAAUUCAAGAAGCUUUAGAAAAUGUCGGUCGAGAUUUAAGAUAUUCCAAUGUUUAUCGUAAAACGAAACAUUUACCUAAAAAUCUCAAAUAUUUAUUGUUGUGGACUCGUCGGGACUUUGCUCCAUUCAGUUUCCUGGAAGAAGGACAGAGAACAUUUCUCAAGAACAAUUGUUCAGUGAUUAACUGUUAUGUGACCGCGGACAAGAGGCUUUUUGGUACGGAUUACACUAAGUUCGAUGCUAUAGCAUUUAACGGAAGAACUAUGAAGUCAUACAAACUGCCGCGUAAGCGAUCACCUCAUCAAAAGUACAUAUACUUUAAUAUGGAGUCUGCAGAAAAUUUUCCAGUUUGCAAUACAAAGUUUGAUGGAUUCUUUAAUUGGACUGCUACGUACAAAUUGGAUUCAGAUUUACCGACACCAUAUGUACUGAUAAGGGAUAAAAAUCGUGCUAUAGUUGGUCCAAAACGUAGAAUGCAAUGGAAAGAUAAUAUGGAGAAUGUGUAUGUGGAUUAUCGUCAAACUAUAGAGAAUAAAACUAAAAUGGCAGCAUGGUUUGUGUCACACUGCCGCACUAAGAGUGGUAGACAUAUUUUUGUAGAUAAGUUACAGAAGGCUUUAUCCACUUAUGGACAUAAUGUUGAUGUAUUCGGAAACUGUGGUAAAUUGAGAUGCCCCAGAGGCAAGAAAAGCACAAGUGAACUUUGUAAUUUACUGUUGCAAAAAGAAUAUUUUUUUUACUUAGCCUUGGAGAAUUCAUUUGCUGAGGAUUAUGUGACAGAAAAGUUGUUAACUGCCAUGAGUUAUAGUGUUAUACCUGUAGUUUUUGGUGGAGCUGACUAUUCCAGAUUUAUUCCUCCUGAAUCUUACAUUGAUGGACGGCAGAUGAACUCCUAUCAGCUGGCAGCAUUAAUGGACAGGCUGGCUAGGUCGCCUAGGCAGUACAGUCGUUAUUUUAGUGUAAAGAGAGAUGCAAAUAUAGUAUUUGAAGUGGAACUGGAUAAACUAGUAAUGAAUACUGAAAGGGCUACAGUGCUCUAUCACCGCAAAGGCAAAGAGCCUAUUGAAGUAACUGACGACUCACAGCUACACAUCAAUGCUGACUGGAUCAAUUUGAGAUGGCUAGAAGACUUUCAACUUACUAUAACGGAAGCAGUGAUAUCACUGGGGCCGGGUUACUUGACGGCGUUUUUCAAAACUAAAAUUUGUGAUAUGACGAUCAGCAAGUAG